UCUCGCCCUCAUUGGUCGCGCGCGGGCACCCCAGCAUUCGAGAACGCGUUCGGGACGCGGCGGCACGUUUCGUACGCGCCGCAGCGCGGAUCAGACGUGUUCCCGAGGCGGUACAAGGAGCACGGAGCGCGUUGCACGUCUUCUCGGCGCACGCGAGGUGUACGCCACGCACGCUCGGCACACGUGAGAUCGCGAUGGAAACGUUUGAUGAUAAAGAUAGCGAACAUUGCGCCAAAGCAAUGUCUCGCCUUUCCACGAAGGAAUCGAAAUGUACGAGGCCACGGAGCAAGGGUGAAACCAGGGGGCAGAAGCCGACUGGUCUUACACACGAAUGCGGCGUUUUCGGGUGCAUCGCUGCUGGGGACUGGCCGUCGCAGAUUGACGUUGCUCAAGUUAUUUGUCUAGGCUUAGUGGCGUUGCAACAUAGGGGACAAGAAAGCGCAGGAAUCGUCACGAGCGAGGGCGUCUGCUCCAAGUCAUUCCAUGUUCACAAGGGUAUGGGAAUGAUCAGUAAUAUUUUCAACGAUGAGAAUAUGAAAAAGCUCAAAGGAAAUCUUGGAAUUGGUCAUACCAGAUACAGCACAAGCGCGGCCAGCGAAGAAGUCAACUGUCAACCGUUCGUGGUGCACACUGCGCACGGGGCGCUCGCAGUGGGUCAUAAUGGAGAAUUAGUCAACACGGAGUCUCUUCGAAAAAUGGUAUUAGGACGGGGCGUUGGUCUGUCGACGCACUCGGACUCGGAGCUCAUAACACAAGCGCUCUGCUUGAAUCCGCCGGAAGGUGAGGUCAAUGGACCUGACUGGCCCGCUCGUAUUAAACACCUUAUGCAAUUGGCGCCGUUAUCAUAUUCUUUAGUGAUAAUGCAGAGGGACAAGAUUUACGGCGUGCGAGAUCCUUACGGAAAUCGGCCGCUUUGUAUAGGGAAGAUUGUGCCGAUUGGCAAUUUAGCAAAUAACGAGUCUGACGACGAUGACGAUGAGGCGGAAGGCUGGGUAAUAUCGUCGGAAUCUUGCGGAUUCUUGAGCAUCGGCGCGAGGUACGUUCGCGAGGUAUUUCCCGGCGAGAUUGUGGAGAUGACUAGAGAGGGCAUUAAAACUAUCGAGAUAGUGGAAAGACCAAAUAACAAGCCGCAGGCUUUCUGCAUCUUCGAGUACGUCUACUUCAGUCGGGGCGACAGUAUCUUCGAAGGACAAAUGGUAUAUUCCGUACGUAUGCAAUGCGGACGGGUACUAGCGCUGGAAUCCCCGGUUGAAGCAGACAUAGUCAGUUCCGUCCCAGAAUCUGGAACUGCGGCGGCACACGGAUACGCCAGACAAUCUAAGAUACCUUUCGCCGAAGUGCUGUGCAAAAACAGGUACGUAGGUAGGACGUUCAUUCAGCCCAGCACGCGACUGAGGCAGCUCGGCGUAGCCAAGAAAUUCGGAGCGUUGUCGGAGAAUGUAAAGGGAAAGAAAAUGGUUCUCAUUGACGAUUCGAUCGUCAGGGGAAAUACAAUCGGUCCGAUUAUCAAAUUGCUACGCGACGCCGGCGCCAAGGAGGUUCACGUUAGAAUAGCGUCGCCGCCGUUGAAGUAUCCAUGUUACAUGGGCAUCAACAUUCCAACAAGAGAAGAACUUAUUGCGAAUAAGCUCGACAGUGUAAAACUGGCCAAGCACGUAGGAGCCGACAGCUUAACGUACCUCUCGGUCGAAGGACUUGUCGAGGCAGUCAGGUGCCGCAUGGACAAUCGCGAGAGUAGUUAUAUCGGCCACUGCACUGCCUGCCUGACGGGAGAGUAUCCGGACGAACUACCUGGUGACCUCGACUGGUGAAGACACACACAAUGUGCAAUUUACAAUUGUAGAAUUAAACAAAACUCAGGUCUCUGCAAUGAAACAACGAACACGUAACACACUGCGAUGUACGCUUUGAUAAAGUCUCAUGUUAUAAUGCAUAUCUAAACAUUACUUUGUGAAAUGUUAAGUUUAGAUUUAUCGAAUAGAACUUACAAUAUACAAAUUUUGAUAACAGAUUGAAGCCUAAUAUACAAUGCUAUUUGCGUCUAGAAGUACUCUAUUUUGUAGUCAAUAAAUACAUUUGAAAAAUUUGCGCAAGUGAAUAAAUUGUAUAUUAUACACUGUA